AUGGCAGUCGCAUUCGCGAAACUCGUCCCCCUGCUGGCGGGGGCGGCCUUAAAGGCGACGCCAGUUGCCGCCUCCAUUACGACUGCGGUCGGGGCGGCCAUCAGUGCGGCGACGGCUGUCGUCGGCGUCGGCAAGCUGGCCAUCGUGCCCAUCCUGAUAGCGUCGCUCGCGUACUACAACUACGAUCUGUUCGAUCCGGAGAACCGGCCGUUCAAUGUGCCCGACGUGGACCGGGAGUAUGACUUCAUCGUGGUCGGGGCAGGGUCGGCUGGUGCUGUCGUCGCCUCGCGGCUUUCGGAGAUUGGCGGCUGGAAGGUGUUGCUGCUGGAGGCGGGAGGCCACGAGACCGAGAUCUCAGACGUGCCUAUUCUGUCGCUGUAUCUGCACAAGAGCAAGCUGGAUUGGAAGUACAGAACUCAACCACAGAAGACGGCGUGUCAGGCGAUGAAGGACAACCGGUGCUGCUGGACGCGUGGCAAGGUGCUGGGCGGCUCGUCGGUGCUGAACACGAUGCUGUACAUCCGUGGCAACAAGCGUGACUUCGACCUGUGGCGGGCGCUGGGCAAUCCCGGCUGGGGGUACGAGGACGUCCUGCCGUACUUCCGGAAGUCGGAAGAUCAGCGGAAUCCCUACCUGGCGCGCAACAAGCGACAACAUGGAACCGGAGGAUUGUUGCAAGUGCAGGACGCCCCGUACCUAACGCCACUCGGUGUGUCGUUCCUGCAGGCGGGCGAAGAGAUGGGAUACGACAUCGUGGACGUGAACGGCGAGCAGCAGACCGGUUUCGCCUUCUUCCAGUUUACGAUGCGCCGCGGAACGCGCUGCAGUACCUCGAAGGCAUUCCUGCGUCCGGUGCGCAACCGCAAGAACCUACACGUGGCGUUGUUUGCACACGUGACGCGUGUCAUCCUCGAUCCGGUCACACGCCGGGCGCUCGGUGUCGAGUUUAUCCGCCACGGAAAGACUCAGCAGGUGUUUGCGACGCGCGAGGUUAUACUGUCAGCGGGCGCCAUCGGUACGCCGCAUCUGCUGAUGCUUUCCGGCAUUGGACCACGGGAGAACCUCGACCGCGUUGGCAUUCCGGUGGUGCACGAGCUGCCGGGCGUGGGUCAGAACCUGCAGGAUCACAUCGCCGUCGGAGGGUUGGUGUUCCGCAUCGAUCAGCCCAUCUCGACCAUCAUGAACCGGUUGGUGAACCUGAACUCGGCCCUCCGGUACGCCAUCACCGAGGAUGGGCCGUUGACGAGCAGCAUCGGAUUGGAGGCGGUCGGGUUCAUCAGCACGAAGUAUGCGAACCAAACGGACGACUGGCCCGACAUCGAGUUCAUGCUGACGAGUGCCUCCACGCCAUCGGACGGUGGUGAUCAGGUGAAGAAGGCGCACGGCCUUAAGGACGAGUUCUACGAGGAUAUGUUCAGCGCGAUCAACAACCAGGACGUGUUCGGUGUGUUCCCGAUGAUGCUGCGGCCCAAGAGCCGCGGGUUUAUCCGGCUUCAGUCACGCAACCCACUGCGCUAUCCGCUGCUCUAUCACAACUACCUCACCCAUCCGGACGACGUGGGCGUCUUACGAGAGGGUGUAAAGGCGGCGAUCGCGUUCGGUGAGACGCAAGCCAUGAAGCGGUUCGGUGCCCGGUUCCACAGCAAGCAGGUACCGAACUGUCGCCAUUUGCCGGAGUUCACCGACGAGUACUGGGACUGUGCGAUCCGCCAGUACACGAUGACGAUCUACCAUAUGUCCGGCACGGCCAAGAUGGGCCCACCCGACGAUCCGUGGGCCGUUGUCGAUCCGAAGCUACGCGUGUACGGCAUCAAGGGGCUGCGGGUCAUCGACGCCAGCAUUAUGCCGCGGAUCACCAGCGGCAACAUCAACGCACCGGUCAUCAUGAUCGGCGAGAAGGGAGCCGACCUCAUCAAGGAGCUCUGGCUGCAGGGAAAAGCGCGUCGCGGCAAGCGGCAGGAGCUUUUCGCCAACGAAACGAUGACCGUCAACGCGGCGACGAACCAAACUGAGCAGCUUGACAGGGCAAGGUGCGCUAACGAGACCACGCACGACAACCUUCUUCCGCAAGCGGGAACCACCCGGCACCGAUUGGGUCUCGUCAUAGCUGCGGCUUCGGGGGGAGAGGGAAAACCCGAUCGACGACCGAAGUGCGCACCCGGGUUCCCGGAAGCCGUCACGAUCGCUCCCCAACCGCCGCCGGACCGGGAGUUGCGACCCGGCCACCCGACGGAGCGCCUCGAUGAGCAGCAGCAUCCACCCGGCCCGGGGGCAGGAGGUGCUGGAGGAGCUGGAGGAGGAGGAGGAGGAGCAGCAGCAGUCGGCGGGCCGGGGUCCCCGCUGAGCGUCUCGCCGAUCACCAGCUACCUGCGGCGGGCCGCGGCCGCCGCCGUUCCCCGCCGACGCACCAAAGCCAAGGUUCGCUACGGGCCGUUGCUGCCCAUUCUAGCCCUUAGUGGCGCUACGCCUGCCAGCUCAUGCACUUCCGGGAUCCGCGGGGACUACCGAUUCGCCAAUCAUGGGCUUGUACAGGCUAAUCUAACGACAAUAACGAUGUUAGGCACCAUGCACACAGGCAGCCAAACAUGGCGACUGGCUGGCGACCAAAAUCAAGGAACGCUACGGGCUGCUGCUCCUCAUUCUAGCUGA